AGAAUAUUCUUCACUUAUUAUUAUGGAAUAUUUGAAGUAAGAAUGACAAAGCUGAGAAUGAUGGAUGCUGGCAGAUACAGAUGUGGUGUCCGUGGCAUCCCUGCCACAUAUCAAUAUGUUCAAGUUACCGUUUCUGAAUUAUCACGUUACAUCGGAGUAAACACAGUUCCUCUCUUGCCAAAAUUCUCCAUCAAACCAUCAGUCUGGCCCUCUACUUCUCCCUCUCCCUCUAUGCCAACUGUUUCUGAGGAUGACAAAGAUAAACGAAGUGACAGCUGGAGAGCAUCCUACACAUUAGCUGCAGUUUUAAGUGUUCUGCUGUUUGCUGUCAUCUCUGCGACACUGCUCGUGUACCGUCUAAACACCAGGAAGAAGAAAUCCACAGGUAAAAGUGAAAUUUGUGGUUCUCCUAACGUCUCCAAGGAGCAGAAUGCCAUCAUCUACUCUAUGGUGGAGUUUAAGCCCCACCAGGAUCCAUCUGAACUUUAUGCCAAUUUACAGAUGCACAACCCAAAAGACGCUGAUUUUUCUUCAAACUCUAAUGUCACAGUAGAGGAAAGUGUAGAAUAUUCCACUGUUAUGAGAGCACCAUGUAAGGUCCGCCCACUGGUCCAAUGACGGUAGCCAAUGAUCCGGUAGAAGGAUUCUUGCGCGUUGCUGUCUUUCCUUUCAUAUAACGCAAUGAUAUCAGAUUAAAUACAUUUUUCUUUACAUGUUUACCUCUUUUAUUCAUCUGACUCCAAAAAUGAAAAGGGUUAGAAGAGAUGUUUGAUGUAUAUUAAAUUUAGGUGUAUGUUUGACAAUCCUGUUUUACUUUCACAUUUCUUUUUACUCGUUCAUUAGGAAUCUAUGUCGCUCAGGGUGCCCCACGACGGCCGUUCUUGCGUGUGCCCCACGAUCACAAUCUCGCCAGUCUCAACAGUAGUCAGAGGUUAUGACUAAUACUAUUUAAUAGGUUACCUAUACUUACCAUAUUCUAAAUAGUAUUUCCGUUUAGUUCCCCUCAGCUACCCAUGUACAACUUAGUUAAAGCUCAAAACAAUAAUCAGCGGUUCUGCUAGUACUGUCUGUCUAGUCCCCCCCCGACAGUCAUAUAACUCGUACAACUUGAUCAAAGCUCCAACAAUAAUCAGCGGUUUAUGCUAGCACUAUCUGUCUAGCCCCCGACAAUUAUAUAACUCCGUACAACUUAAUUAAAGCUGAGACAAUAACCAGCGGUUAUGACCAGUACUUUUACUGGUCCCCCAUAGUUAAUGCAACUGAGUACAACUUAACUAAAGCCAAGCGGUCUAGCCAGAAAUCUAAAACCUCACCUGAUGUGCCCUAUGCUCCAUCUAGUCUGAGUUCUAGUAUGCACUUAACCCUGGACGCAGAUUUGCGGAAACAUAGCCUUCACUUAAUCUACUUGAGAAAAUAAUUUCAGGACAACCAGAAUAAAAUCAAACAUAACAAUUUAUUAAUCAGGUAAUCAAAGUAAUAAUUCAAAAUCCAAUUCAAACAAUAUAAAAAACACUAAUCAAUCACAAAUAAACAUUCAAUAAUACUGAGAUGAGAGAAUGUAAAAGUUACCUGAUAAUUCAGAGCUACGCACAGCAAUUAUGCGGGAUAUCUGUUUACAGAUUCCCUGAGCUCUUUGUCACCUUCCCUUAUAUCUCCAGCAGGACCCCAGAAUUGCCAAAUGGUAUUUAUUGCAGGGGUUUAGCAUAUUACCCUUUGAAGAUUGGUUUCCUUGGUUUCUAUGGGAGGCUGUAUUUACAUACUGGAGGUAAUUUGUGUGAAAAACCUGGGAGUAGUCUGUUUAUAAUGUUUGUGGUUACCUGUUCUAUUGUUAAGAGAAUGAGACCCCUUUUACCAGACACACAGAGACCUUUUGUAAAACAUGAGACACGAAUUAUUGCAUUGUUAUAAACUCUGAGUUUCAGUGUUUCCUGUUAGGAGGGAGUGGGCAAAAGGAGUGAAAUGUUUAUGCAUAUGGUGUGGGCCAUUUGUCUGUCCCUCUCAGUUGGGUGUGUUGCUUCAGACUUGCGAGACAGGAUCUAGGUGUUGGGUCUCAUGAAAGUUCCCUGCUGUGAUGUUUUAUCUGAUCCAGUCAAAACGGCAUCAAUAACCUUACAACCACCAUAAACAUUGGCAAUAAUUGUGUUCUAUGUUUUCAUUGCUUUGAUUUGUUUUUUGUUUGCUUUUGUUUUCUUGAGAUAUUAUUUUCUUAUAAGAUUUUUUUUAAAAACAAUAUUAUUAAUUCAACACUGUACUGAUACAGCAUAAGUAUUUUAUUCUUGAAAAUGUAAUUAUGAUGAUAAAUGCCGGAAAAUUUCUAUAGAAGUAAAAUGUAUUAUCUAAAAAAUAUUUGACUUACAUGGGUGAUUGACCUUUAAGGGCAUAGAAACACACAGGAUGACAACUUGUGAUGCAAAAAUUAUAAUUGCAAUAAUUUUAUUUUGGAUGAACAGAGAAAGUUUCAGUUAUGAAACAUGUAACUAGAUGUUGAAAGUCAGUGGAAACCAGAUUUUGCAAUUCUUUAUUUCUUUAUCUAGCAGCAGUUAUCCGUCAAAAUCUAAAGAGUGAGGCAACAUAAAGAUGAGGUGAAGCAUGUCAUGUGUAAUACAUUAUGUUAGUAUUGAAUAGGAUUUAAGGGACACUGGGUUAAUCGAGGUCACUCAAAUGAAUCAACACUAGGCCUACCACCUUCCACAAACAGUACCAAUAAAUUCUGCAAUGAUA